UACCCAGACCAUCGAAACAAAACAUUCUUCAGUUGAUCUUGAGAUUAAGUCACUCCUCCAUCCCAUCUCAAGAACUGAUCAAGGAAAGGAAAAAAAAUGGCACUGAGGAGAAUAAUCAAGGAGCUCAAGGACCUUCAGAGGGAUCCGCCGACUUCCUGCAGCGCCGGGCCUGUGUCUGAUGACAUGUUCCACUGGCAAGCAACAAUCAUGGGGCCCAAUGACAGCCCCUACUCUGGAGGAGUGUUCCUGGUGACCAUCCACUUCCCUCCUGACUACCCUUUCAAGCCUCCAAAGGUGGCAUUCAAGACCAAGGUGUUCCAUCCAAACAUAAACAGCAAUGGCAACAUCUGCCUUGACAUCCUCAAGGACCAGUGGAGCCCAGCUCUCACCAUCUCCAAGGUUCUUCUGUCGAUCUGCUCGCUGCUGACGGACCCGAACCCGGACGAUCCGCUGGUGCCGGAGAUCGCUCAUAUGUGCAAGACUGAUCGCCUCAGAUACGAAUCCACCGCAAGAGGCUGGACGCAGAAGUACGCCAUGGGCUAAGCUUAGCUGCAAGCUAGCUAAUUGCAGCUGAAAUGGCAAUUGGAUUUGGAUUUGGAUGCAGGGGACAAUCAGUCAAUCACCAGCAUGUCGAUUAGAAUUCAGAAAUAUAGAUCGUGCCAUAAAAAAAGAUAGUAAUAAUUCUUGCUUGCAAUUAUUAGGAUUGUUGUUGCAAAUCUGAAUCAUCGUUAUCAUCUAACCUAUAAUCAAAAACCAUCGUCUUCUUGGUGAGGAGGAAUAAUAAAAGUCUGCGAUUUUGACGGAA